UAAAAAUCAGUCGGAAGUAGUUACUCGGAAGUCUUACGGUGAAUUUUGACCCUCAGCGUCAUCUGUGUUUAACUUAACACGGCCAACCAUCCGUAUAGAAAUCGCAAUUCUGUUAAAAAGUCGUAACAAUCUUUCAAAACUGAAACUAAUAACCAGUGUUUUAUUGUUUUUAAAUUAGGAAUCACUAAUGCUAUUGCAUCAAAUCGAUCAUUUUCUAUCCAAAACAUGCAUCACUUUGUGUUUAAUAGAAAACGAAUUAAGGAUUCAGUUCAAGACCAUCAUCUUUGGAACGUUGAGAGGGAGGGGAUGAUAUUCGACGUCAUGAUUACGUCAUCACUGACCCUAGAAUUUAUUUGCAUCCAUCUAAGCUAUAAGCUAAACUUAUGCAAGUUAUAAACUGACUGAGUUUUUCAAUAUAUCCUUCGCAUAUCUGUAUUUUUGUUUACAGUUUCAAUUUGUAUAAAACUUAAAUAUUUAUUUAUUACUUUCGACUGUAUAAAUUUGAAAUUUAUAUCUCGUAAUCACUAAUAUUAGUAUACUUAGAUACACUAUAUAUUGAGUCAUCAAGUUGAAACGAACGUAUAUUUUUCAUUUAAAGUACCUCUACAAUUUAUUCAUAGACAUCUCGAAUUGUAUAUCUUUAAUGGAAGUGAUAUGAUUUAUUCUAUUUUCAUAAUAUUAUUUCAAUAUGUAUAAUGGAUUUUUUAAAUAAAUUUUUCCCCUAGAAUACGUAUUUUCUAAAUAAUCAUUUUCUUAUUCAGUACACAUCAUUAUGACUACUAUAAAUUCCAGAAUUACAAUUAAGACUGACUCAACCGAACUGUUAGAUGAUGCAAAAUCUAUAUCGGCAGCACCCUGUGAUCUUGGUUUAUCCCAGAACAUUUCUUUAAUUUGCCAAGAUAUUUUCUCCAGAACUAGCGUUUCGGAUGUUUCUUUGUCUCCUAAAUCCGAAUUGAUUAUUAAAAACGAAGUUGGCCUUGAUUCUGAGGAUGUAGAUGACCUAAAUGAAUUGAGAGAUGAAACUUCUAGUGAAACCUCAGUCUCCAAGUCAUAUAAAUGUGACACAUGCAAUAAAAGUUUCAGUAAAAAAAGUACUCUCACAAGGCAUUGUAAAAUACACAUAGAAAACGAGCAUCAUGUUUGUGGAAUUUGCAACAAAAAAUUUAGGGAGCUAAAUAAUUUGAAACGCCACUCCACGAUUCACACCGAAGAAAAACCCUUCUGUUGCCAAGUUUGCAAGAAAACUUUCCGCUUAAAACAUUACCUGAAACUCCACGCUAAAAUGCACCCAGGAAAGGAAGUGUUUGAAAAAAUUGAUAAAGACGAAUCAAAACGACGGUUCUCGUGUGAAGUUUGUCAUAAAUCUUUCGCUGAAAAAUAUCACUACGAUAGGCAUUCUCGUGUACAUGCAGAAGAAAGACCGUUUAUUUGCACUAUAUGCAAUGCAGCAUUCAAACACCAAUCAAACCUUCAAAGGCAUGAAGGCAUUCACAAUGCAAUUAGACCUUUCAAAUGCGAUUUGUGCCCUAAAAGCUUCAGACUUCGAUUUUCUUUGCGCAAUCAUAAGUUAUUGCAUACUGGCAACUUGCUUUAUUUCUGUGAAAUGUGCAAUAAAGGAUUUAAACAGAGUAGCGCAUUGAGAAAUCACUAUCGUGUUCACACGGGUGAGAAGCCCUAUAUAUGCCCUAUAUGUGAUAAAUGUUUCGGACAAAAAAGUGGCCUCAAAGAGCAUUCUUAUACCCAUACAAAUGACAAACCUUACGCUUGUGAGGUGUGCUCGAAAAAGUUUCAUUCUAAAGCUCUCUUGCAACGUCAUUUCCUGACACAUUCUGGGGAAAGAUCUUUCAAAUGUACUGUGUGUGAAAAAGGCUUUGCUAGAAGUUCCGAUUUGCAGGAACAUAUGCUUGUCCAUUCAGAAGAAAUGUCAUUUUACUGUAAAUAUUGCAAUAAAGGCUUCAAGCGAAAAAGUAAUUUAACCACUCAUGUCAGAAUUCAUACAGGUGAGAGACCGUUUGAGUGUGAAAUGUGCAACAGACGUUUCACGCAGUCUACUCAGCUUAAAGAACAUUAUUUUACUCAUACGGGUGAAAAACGCUAUUCUUGUGAUCUGUGCGGCAUAUAUUUUUCUCGAAAUUCUGGCUUGAAGCGACACAUAAAACGAAAACAUGUAAAUGUUUCUGCUUUAGAUGAUCGAGGAGAAUCUAUUGAAGCAAAUCUGUGAUCAAAAAGUGGAUGAGUUGUGUGAUAAAAAGCCAGUGGAAGGUGUUUCUAAUCACUUUAAAAUUCCAAUUACAGUGCAGAACCUCUUAUCCGGAAACCAGAUAACCGUAAUGAAAUUUGGAACCGGAAAUUAAUUUUCUUCCAUUAAAAAAAUUUUUUUUUCUUGCAAGAUUUUGAGCCCAUUUUGUUAUUUAGAGUGUACGGCGUAUCGAGUUGACGAAAGAACUGAUUUAGAGGACGGAUUAAAAGCCGUUUGUAGACGAAUCUCACAUAAGCAAAAAUAGCUUAUAUAUGUUAUUAAUGUUAUUAAUAACAUAUAUAAGCCUGUAUAUAAUUUUUAUUUCAUAAUUUCUUUCCUUAUUUAAACUUAAGUGUAUUAUUAUUUAUCAUUUUUUAUUAUUUCUAAAACUAUUUCAAAAUAAUUUUUUAGUUUCGUUUUAUAAACAUUAAAAAAACGGCAUUUUGUAGCGAUUCAGAAAACCGGAAAAAUAGUUAUCCGGAAUCGCGGUGGUCCCGUUCGUUCCGGAUAAUCGGUUCUCUACUGUAUAAGAAAAUAAUCUAGCUUUUAAUUUUUCCAUGACAUUUUUUAUUACAGUCCAGUGAACAGAGGUCUGUCUAAGGCAAAUUUACUACCGUUUAGCUGUACUUUCACAAAUUCAGCUUUAGAAAAAACGGUAGUUUCACAGAAUACUUAUUCUUAAAAUUUUAUUUUUUUAUAUCCUAAAAACAGGGUUGCCACUCCACAGGGAGAACAGGGAAAACCUGGAAAAUACAGGGAAUAUAAAAAUCACCUAAACUAACAGGGAAAAUGCAGUGAAUUUUGUUUUUUUAUUUUGGUCUUUUAAAAAAUGGUGACCAUUCAAAGCGAAAUCUAUGGGAAAUUUAACCAUAUUUCAGCUAUACUAAAUUAUUUCAUUUACCAUAAAUAUAUUUAAUGCAUUAUUUAUGUUCAGCUAUUUUUCUAGCAAUUGAAACUAAUAAAUAUAGUUAUCCCAAUAUAGCUCCCACAAGUGCGCAGUAAUUGUUGUUCCCUCUUAAUAUAUUGUGUAUAACAUGUACAGGGAAAACACAGGGAAUUUUUUUUUCUUCCAGAUUUGAGUGGCAACCCUGAAAAACGAUAAAUCCAUUUUUAACCAUACUUUUUUGUUGAUUUUUUAACUUACACAAAAUAUGUCUAAAUUUUCUCAAAAUAGUUGCCUCUCAGAAAAACCUAGACAUGUGAACCAUCAAAGGACCAAAAUUUGGGUUCUGUUCCGCAAACAAUUUUAAUUAAUCUUUCCAUACUCCCUCCCCCCUUUUAUUACACAUUAUUUAAAUAAAUGACCUAUAAAAUGAAAUACAAAAAUGACUGAAAAAUAAUACCUAGUAACAAAAAUGUGUUAACUUUUAUUUUUUAUUACUCUUUGAAUCAUACAUUUAAAUCAAUUAAAUAUUUUAAACUCUUACCAUAACACAAUAAUUUUAGAUUCAUAGAACACAUUCCUCUGGCUCCUUUUUACAGAACUUAUAUAAUUGGUUUCUUUUUGUGUUAUUUUAGAUAUUUUGAAAAUAUUUUCUUCGAAAUUGUACUAACACAUAACAAUUUAUAGAUGGUUGAAAUGUUAUACAUCAAGCAAAUGUAAUAGUAGCCCAGUUGCAGGUAUCUUUCUAUUUAUCGGCAAUACUUUGAAAAUAAUUCUAAAAUUUAUCUGCAGAGCAUGUUGUAAAACAUUUAUAUCCAGAUGUUGCACUUAAAAAAUUUUCACAUUUUUAAAGCCAAGAAUGCCUGAUACUACAAUUAUGGAUGAUAAUAAUAAUAUAGUAAAAAAAGGUUUGAGAGUUAUUAAUUAAAAAAAAUCUGUAAUAGCAAAAUUAAAAUGAAAAAUAUUUUGAUUUUAGCUUUUUAAAAUAAAACAGUCUUGAAGAAAUUUAAUUAAAUAUCAUCAAUUAAAUAACAAACAAAAUUGAAUUUAUGAGAGGCCAAAAUAAAUCUAUUCACACUAUUACUGCUAUUGGGCAUAGGGACAUAUUUGAAUUGAAAGUCUUAAAUUUAAAUAAGUUGAAACAAAGUAAAUAUGCUAUUGAGUUAGAUUUAUUGUUUGUAAAUUUAUUCUUAAAAUGUGCUAUUAUCAACAUAAUCUAUACCUGAUUUAAAAGUUUAUUAAUCUGAUCAAAUUUAGAGCUAUGAAAUUUUAUUCUAUUUUCGUAAGGUAUAUUCUGUUAGAUAGUAAUAAAUUUGUUAAGUUGUUUUGUAAUAACACUGCAUGUCUACUUAUGUAUUUUUAAUCCUGUUGCUAACCGCCAUUUAUUGUUUUAACUUUUGGAUUGCUCUGCGUAGUCUUUUUUUUUUUUUAAAAAAAUCACUUUUGCAAUAUUGUAAUAUUAUAUAUAUAUACGUAUUUUUUUGCAUUAAUCUUAGUGUUUUGAACUGAUAGCUUUAGGAAUAAUCAUGUCUGUUUGUCACAUUAUAUUUAAAAAUGUCUGGAUAAAUAUAAUUUUUGGAAAAAAGACAUAAAAUUUUUGGGCCUUUUUCAGUUUUGCAGACAAUAGCUGCCAAUGCAAAAACAGUAAAUUCAGCUGUUUUGAUUUUUUAACCUUUUUUCUAUUUGAAUAAAUAAAAUAGCUGAAUUUACUUAUGCCAGUAAAAUGGAUAAGUAUCCUUUUCUGUUGUGUUUGAGUUUGAUAGUUGCUAUAUUGUUACAAAGUUAUAAUUUUUUUGAAGAAAAAAAAUGCAUUUAUUAACCUGUUAUGAAACAAUGCAUUAAUUUUCAAAAUGUGGAAUACUUAGAUUUUUACUACAAAAUAUUUAAGUGCCUUUCCGUAUUUCAUUGUGUAUCCAUUAAAGUCUAAUAAAGUAUAUUUAUUUCCAGAUUUUUAA